AAACAAACUCCCUCCUCCCCCUCUCCUCUCUUCUGCUGCUCUGCUUUCCUUCCCCCUUCCUCUUGGCUUUGUAGUGAGAGGCAAUGCGUUCUCCGGCGAGGUUUCUCCAGUCCUCGGACCCGCUGCGGAAGGCGGAGCCGCCGUCCUUGCUUCCUGUCGACUCCGACGUGGUCGUCGUCCUCGCCGCGCUGCUCUGUGCCCUCAUCUGCGUCAUCGGGCUCGCCAUCGUCGCCCGCUGCGCCUGGAUCCGCCGCUCAUCCACCUCGGCCUCCUCAUCCUCCACCGCCGGCCCGCCCCCCCCACCCAGCAAAGGCCUGAAGAAGAAGGUCCUCCGGGCGCUACCGACGCUCUCCUUCGACUCCUCUGCCGCCGCCGCUGGCGGCGUCGAGCUGGUGGAGUGCGCUAUCUGCCUCACCGAGUUCGCCGACGGCGACGAUGUCCGCGUCCUGCCGCAGUGCGGCCACGGGUUCCACGCCUGCUGCGUCGACACGUGGCUCCGCUCUCACUCGUCCUGCCCCUCCUGCCGAAGGGUCCUGGUCGUCCCCGCCCCGCCGUCGCGGUGCCACAGCUGCGGCGCGACCUCCGAUGGCGCUGCCGCGGGCGCCAAGGCCGCCGAGCGCGGCGGUGCCAGCACGCUGUCGCACUGAAACACUGCCCCGUCCAUCACCUCGGGCCAAGAAGACGAUCCAACUACAUGUUUGUUGUUAUGUCUCUUGACUGUUAGGUGGAGAAACAGAAUGGAUUGGUUGGUGAUGUGUGCAUACAAAAAAUAUCGAUCACUCGCAACUUCUAAUGGAAAAGGAACUUGUGCUUAUGGGAGUUCUUUUCAUGAGAGCGAGGAACGGAAACACAAAAGAAGCAAACUUUUGCGGUGACCGGAGAAUGAUCAGUAGCCCGGAGCUCGGCCGUGCACUUGUUCUGCUUGCUUUCUUGAGAGAAGGUCUCAGCUUGCAAGGGAGUUCUUGCAGCACCAAUGGAAACGUUUGUUGACUUGUUGUUUGUGCAGCUUUUUGUCUCUCUUAUCUUUUAUAUGUGUCAAUGGCUUUUGGUUCAGCUGCCAUUGGAGGCAAGUGUGACAGAUUGUCUCUCUCUGAAGUAGUGUGAUUUUUAUUUCGGAUCAAAGAAAUAGCAGAUCUGUAAGUUGCAGCUGCAAUGAAUUGGUGUGAUCAUCAGAUUUA